AUGAACACUUCAAAAUACGACCCUGUGGAUCAAGAAUUUCCUCCCGCUUAUGAUGAGCCACAAGCCUCAAGGUCUCCUGGAGAUAAUGUCCCUGAUGAUUUUAAAUACUCGGUAGCCGUUGCGUCCUGUGAGUUACCUGUACGCCAGAUAUUCAUAAGAAGAGUGUAUUCCUUAUUGUCGUUACAAAUAAUGGGUACUGUGAUCGUUGGGAUGAUUCUCCAUUCCAAUAGUUCGAUAAGAAAUUGGUGCUUGAACAAUAUGUGGCUCCUUUUGGUUACAGGAAUUGCAUCUUUUGGAUUUUUGAUUGCCACUCAUUUCAAGGCUAGAUCAUAUCCCACGAAUUUAAUCUUACUAAGUGCCUUUACCCUAUGUGAAGCAUAUGCCGUUGGUGUAGUGUGUUCUGUUGUUGAGACCGACGUUCUAGUGCAGGCUUUAUUAUUGACCAUGGUGGUUUUUAUUGGCUUGACGAUGUUUGCUUUUCAAACUAAGUAUGACUUUAUCAGCUGGCAAGGUUUUGCAUCUAUGGCAUUAUGGUUCUUAAUAGGGUGGGGUAUACUCUUCAUGAUAUUCCCUGGAUAUUCAAAAUCGAUGGAUUUGGUAUAUUCUGGUGUUGGAGCGCUCUUGUUUUGUCUCUAUAUUUUGAUAGACACUCAGAGGAUUAUGAAAACAGCAUAUUUGGAUGACGAAAUAAUAUCAACGAUUGCCUUGUAUUUGGAUAUCUUGAAUUUAUUUCUUUACAUUUUACGUAUUAUGCAACGCCGUGAUUCCUAG